CUUUUCGAAUCCCUAAAAAAACCCAUUGUCUUCUUCGUCACGAUUUUUCUUUCUAAGAACCUUCCUUUGCCUCUGAAUAGUAAGAGUCACAAACUCACAAUAACCCCCUUAAGUUCUAUAACUCUUCAGCUCUAUCAAUAUAUAUACACACAUAUCCAUUUUCCUUCGUGCUGCUUUAUGCAACAAAAACUAAGCAAUGGAAGUAGCAAGUUCAUCUUCAGCCAUAAAAAUAAUAGAUAUUACCGACGAUAACGAUGAUAACGACGACGUUUUGAUAUUAUAUGCAACACCAAGAGCUUCGAAGAACAAAGGAAAAAUGUUUACUGAUAUUAUAUCAGUAGAAGAAUACUUGUGUUCAAAACCUAGCUCUAGUGGAACAAAAAAGGUAAUCAUUGAUCUUAUAGAUGACGACCAAGACGAUGAAAUUCAAUUUUUAGGUACCCAAUUUGGUAGUUUUACGUGUGAUAUUUGUGUUGAUGAAAAAUCUACUAGUGAAAUAUUCAAGAUUAUGGGUUGUACACAUUCUUAUUGCAAAGACUGCAUGGCUAAGUACGUAGGUUCGAAAAUUCAAGAAAACAUUUCUCGAAUAUCGUGUCCGGUUUUAGGGUGUAACGGGCAAUUAGAACCACAUAUUUGUCGUUCGAUUUUGCCUAAACAAGUGUUUGAUAGAUGGGGUGAUGUGUUAUGUGAGGCAAUGAUAUUAGGUUGUGAGAAAUUUUAUUGUCCGUUUAAAGACUGUUCUGCCCUUUUAAUUGAUGAAAAUAGUAGUAGUAGCGGUGGUGGCGAUUUUGUUGUGACUCAAAGUGAAUGUCCCGAAUGUAGAAGGUUGUUUUGUGCAAAGUGUGAAGUUGCUUGGCAUUCGGGUAUUUUGUGUGAAGAAUUUCAGAAGUUGAAUAAAGAUGAGAGGGAAAAAGAGGAUUUACAGCUUAUGCAACUUGCUAAAGGGCAAGAAUGGCAGAGGUGUCCGAGGUGUCGGAUAUACGUUGCGAGGUCUUCUGGUUGCGCUCAAAUGCGAUGCAGGUGUGGAUGCUACUUCUGUUAUAAAUGUGGAGCUGAGUCGACUAAUCACCACUGCAAACGCUGUGGUGUACUGAACGGAUUGUAGAUAUCACCAGGGGUGCAAAAACUGCAAAUGCGUGAUUUCUUCUUCUGAUUUUGCUUUGACGACCUCGUUGAUGGAGUGGUUAGGUGUGGAUAUAGAUAUUCAGAUUUGCGGCUUAGGAGAUUAUAGUUGGAGAAGUAGCUGAAAUAUGAACAUAGAUAUAACUGUCUUCUAACUAUUUGAUUCUUAAGUUCUGCUGAUUUAAGUACCUUU